CACUUGGCACGCGAAUCAAAGUGAAAGAAUAUAAAAUAGAAAAAAAAACCUAACUGAAAGAAAGAAAAGCUAAAGCAACAAGCAACUGAAGGUUUCUACGUCAAACGCCGCGUCUACAGUCUUUCAGUUAUCAAACGCCCAGCGCCUCAAACAGUUGCUAGCAACUAAAAAUGCUUAAGGCACACAACAGUUAGUGAUAAAGAAUAUUUAAACAACAACUCCCAAGUGAAAUUAACAGCUUAGAAUGCAAACAAAGUUGCUGCAGCGCGUUUUGCUGCUUCAAACGCUUUGGCAGCUAACAAAUGCACUAACAGUGGAUAAUCAAUUGGUAUCAGCAAGAAAUGAUUGCUUUGAGCGCAUCGCUUUGGAGGCAAUGCUGCCAUUUGAGAAGACCUUCCGCACCGAAGACACCAAUUCGCUGAAGAUGUGCAAGGAGAAGUGCCUGCAAGCGGGCGAGAAGUGUCAGGCCAUCUCAUUCGGUGUGCAUCGACGCGGAAACGGCACAUGUCAGUUGUCAUCGGAGCAGUAUGGCAAUGGGGGCGGCGGCGGUGGCAGACCCAGCGGCAUUAUAUUCGAUCCCGACUUUGAUUUGUAUACGCGCAAAACGAAUUGCUUUGACCUGAGCGACAAUUCCAUUGGCGGCGGCCCACCAACUGCCAUCAGCACGGGCGUUACACCCGUAGAUCUGCCCAAUCGUCCGCUCGAUGUGAGCAAUACUCCAAUACUGGUGGUUAACCCAACGCCACACACACAACCACAACCGUAUCCACAUGCUCAUCCGCAUCCAGCGGAUUCACCGCCACCACCCACAGGUCCCUCGCUGCCGCCACCUGGCAUCGGCGAUCGUCUUUACUUCUCACACGAAAUCUAUCCGCUGUACAAGCAUCCAACGCUCUACGAGCACAACUAUCCAGCGCCCAAUGAGGAGAUCUACAUACCCGGCGGCUAUGCAGCCAAUAUACCCGAGGUAGAGGAUCGUUAUCGUCCCGCCUAUGCGCCGCAUCCGGAGCAUGACGACGUGCGUCCCACGCCGCAUGGUCCGCCACGUCCCAUCUUUGGCUUGGGCUACGGCAAUGGCUACAGCUACGGCACGCCGGAGCGCUAUGCGCCCACUACCUUGCGUCCGCCCCAGUCCGGUCCCAGUUAUGCGCCCAGCCCAGACUUUGCUCAUGACCGACCCGACUAUCCGCCGCCAUCAGCUGCCACUAGCUCUUACGGCUCGCGUCCCAGCCCCAGCUAUGAGCCACGUCCGGACUACACUAAUCGCCCAGAUCCACCCACCAGUCAAAUACCGCAUGCAGACAGCUAUGGACCCGGGCCCAGCAGCUCAGCACGCCCGCCGGUCUAUGAUAUACCGCCGCCUCCACGAGAUGAGUACGUGCGUCGCAAUGGCAGCGGCUAUGGGCAGUACGAAGACGACAAGACCAUAGCUACGUACUUUAAUCCCGAGGAUUAUAUGCAUGGAAUGAAAAAGCGUCCGCUGCCCGGAGAUCGCGACCGCGAUCGUGAUCGUUACCCCAUGGACGAACCAACUGCCUGUUUCCGGCGUGUGCUGGCCGGCAAGCGUCUGGCGCAGCAUUGGGUGCGUCGCUCCAUCUCCUGCGAGCGCGUCGAGGACUGCAUGCGUGAGUGUGGCCAUGAGAAGCGUUUUAUGUGCGAGGGCUUUAACUAUCGCCUGGAUCCCUCGGGGCAUGGCCAGGGUGACUGCGAGUUGAUUGAGCUGCCGCUGGCGCAGCUGGAUUUGUAUUCCAGCGCGCAGCGUCGCGAUACGAAUCUGCUAAGGCAUCCGGAUUAUGAUUACUAUGAGCGCGAUCGCAAUGCGCCCAGCAGCUGUCGCCGGCAGCUGUGUCAGGAUUGCUCCAAGGCGCCCAUUAGCAGCAAUCCUAUAUACUUUAAACCAGGCGCAGCUGCUCCAGGGCCCAGCAGCUAUGCUGGCCAUCGUCCUGCGCCGCCGCCUGGCAGCACAGCUGUGGAUCAUUAUCGCGGUCCCUCGGGCAGUUCCUAUGAGCAGCGUCCGCCCUACUCCUCAGAGUAUCACAACUCACACUCCAGCUCCAGCUCCUAUGAGUUCAGCUCACAUGGCUCCAGCUACUUUGGCCACACGCCGCCCAGCAGCUAUGAUCACUCCGGCUCGCGUCCUGACUAUAUAGAUAGACAUGAUUUUUCACGCCCAGAGCCACCACCGCGCUAUAGACCCGAUCGCUGGGAAACGCUGCCCAGCAGCUCCGGCUCUGGCUAUGAUGACUCGGUGUAUCGCCCGCCACGUCCCGAAACCGAUCGCAUAGACAAGUAUCGCCCAGGCUACAGACCUGGCGGUGGCGACUAUUUGCCUUAUCGUCCAGCUGGUCCAGCACCCGCACACAAUUAUCUCGAUCGUGAUAGCGCCGGCGGCUCAUACAAGAAGCCGCUACCGCCGCCCAGCAAAUUUGUGCCUUAUCUCAUAGAUCAGCCUUGGAGCAGCUAUGGCGGCGGCAAAUCUACGCAUAGCUCACACUGGAGCUUAAGCGAAACGCAGCGUCGCAAGGAUCAGCAUGACUUUAACUACUUUGAGCUGGGCAGACCACAACGCGAGCCGCCACGUGAAUCCAACGCAGUGCUGCGUUAUCCUGGCUCCAGCUAUGAAAGCGAGCAUCCUAGACUACGCAAUGACUACUACAGACAGCAAUGGACGCGUCGCCCAGGACCAGAUGAAUGCUCUGCCAAGACCAGCGAAGGCUUUAGACUACACAAGACUGCUGUUAAGCAUGCCUAUAAUGUGCCCACACUAACUGAAUGCGAGCGUCUGUGCUCCGAUCAGCGUCCCAGCUUUAUAUGCCAUACCUUUAGCUAUCGCUAUAAUCAGGCAGGACGCGAUAACUGCAUGUUAUGUGAUAGACCAGUGAACAUGCUAGACUACUAUGUGGACAUAGAGCCAGAUCGUGAUUACGAUAUAUACUCCAUGGCCGAUGAUAUGGAUGUUUGUCGACAGCCGCCCAGACGCAGUGAUAGUCCAGGCCCGGGCUCGCCACACAGCACAGCGCUGUCGGAUCCCAGAAAUGCGCAAUGUUUCUUCCGCGCCAUCGAUGCCACGCGCUUCUUCAAGUCCAUAGUGCGUGAUUCGCUUACUGUGCGCACUGUGGGUGAAUGCGAAAUGGAGUGCAUUAGGUCAACCAAGUUCACUUGUCGCGCUUUUGCUUUCCGCUAUGGCACGCAGCGUCAUGCGGGCGUCAUUGACAACUGCCAGCUAAGCGAUUGGCCUGUGCGCGACAUGGACAAGGAGCGUCAUCUUAUACUCGAUGCUGCCUUUGAUAUAUUCGAGCGAGCUAGCUAUGGACACGGCUGUGAAAUUCAGCCCAUUGUAGAUGAAAAGCACAAGAAGUUAUGCUAUUUGGGUUAUGGCUCGCCGGCUAGACUGCUGCCUGCUGCCAUCAAGAAAGUCAUGUCUGUGCCCUCGGAAAUGGCGUGUAAAAAGGAGUGCAUACGCUUGAGAGAAACCACGCCCUUCAAAUGUUAUGCCUUCAGCUUUGGCUCACAUGCCAGUUCGUUUAACUGCGAAAUGUCCGACUUGGAUCAGAGCGAGCUCAAGCUGGACAUACAUUAUACGCACAGCAAGGAGCGUGAUUUCUGGCUCUUUGCCUGGAAUCCUUUCGAUUGGACUUGCCGUGAUAAAGUCAAUACCAUUGGCGGUUCACGUGUCAACAACGAUCGACGCAUGGACAUCUUUAGGGAACCGGGCGAUGUAGCCUGGCGUCAUUAUACCGUUGCCGGCAAGCCUUGUCGCCGCAGCAGUCCUUGCGAGAAGAAUAUCGUAACUGGCUUCUACUCCUGCGAAACGGAUGGCGCCGAGGUGGGCUCCUGGGAUUAUUGCUGCAAAACAGAUCAUCCUUGUGGCUAUAGUCGUGGCUUUGAUUAUCCCUGGUGCUUUGUGGGCGACGAGCCGGAUCAGUGGCGCAAGUGCAGCGAUCGCUAUUAUCCUGGCGGCGGCAGCAAUAGCACCAAGCCCACCCACGCUACACACAGCCUGCCCAGCAAAAAGCUGAAAAACAAACAGCCUGCCACAGCGGCUAGCAAUGAGUAUAGCCAACAUCCACCACGACCUGGAGGUCUGCAAAGUCUCAGCGAUUUUGCUGCCGCACGCCUCUGGCCUGUCACAUAUCUUUAUAGCGAGGGUCCACCGAAUGCCACGGAAUUUAGUAAUUUUGUUGAUUGCAACAAGGAGAGCUGCUAACACUGCACGCAAGCUAAAUUUUCCAUUAAGCACAGCUUCCCUCCCCACCCCGCUUCCCUACCACCCACGCGCAACUUUAUCAACUCUUCAUAACAAUGACGAAAAUAAUAGUAUUCUCACCGUUUGACAAUGUGUCGUUAUCGUUGUCGUUGUGAUUUUCAAUGAGAUUUGGAUACCAAUUUGCCGUCAGCAACAAAUGAAUUACCAAUUAACUUAUUAACAUUUAAUAUUUGCGCUUUUUCAUUAAUGUUAAUCACAGCUUCGUGCUGGCGAUAAAUCUUGUACUUAUAUACUUAAGCUUAUUGUGUAUGUACCUAAUACUAUUUAUAGUAUAUGUAUGCGUGUACGAGUAUUAAUA